UAGCCAAACUUUCGUAAUUUAUCAUAAUCCUAUGUAACUUUACAUACCACUAUACCGGAUUACAUAAGACUAUAAAAUAGGAAAUUUUUUCAGUGGUUGAGAUCAUGAGUUAAUUAAAGCUAGACCACCAUGGACAACCUGGAAGCACUGGACGGACGUUAAAACCUAUUGCGAGACUCCUCAACAGUGCGCAUCCACAGCCCCGCCUCCCGUGAGAUUCGAACCCAGGACCUAUCGGUCUAUAUCAAUGAAUACCAAUAUGAAACAAUCAAAUCUUAAAAAUAAUACUUCACUACUUUUGUAUCUUUGAACGUUCUUUAAAUUUUUGUUAUUGUUCACAUUAUAAACUACCAUAUGAUAACAAAUGAUCAAUUAAAAUACCUUGACUGCUUAUUCAAUAUAGUCAGAUGAUUUCUAUCCUCUCAAUAUUCUCCUGUACUUGUAAAGUACUUUUCAACAUAAAACUCUACCACCCUUGUCCAAUAAACAACCCCUUAGAAACAAAACAACAAUAAAGUACAAAAUUGAUUCUUUAUAUAUGUAUAAAAGCAGAAAAAAAUUCAACAAUCUUAUUACAUCAUCUUGUAAUCAAAUUAUUGCCUAAUCAAAGACUUCAAUCAAAUUUCAUGGAUUCUUUAUAUCAUCAAUUGAAUCAUUUACAGUGUUUAUCAAUUCAUGAUUAUUUUAAAUAUAAUAAAUUAUCUAAUCAAUCAAAUAUUAUAAUAACAACACCAGAAUUAAUGAUUUUAUUAAGACGUUUAUCUUAUAAAUUUGGUAUAAUUAAAACAGCCAAUUAUUUUAUAGAUAAUAUGAAAAAUAAUGCAUCAUGUUUGAAUUUCGCGGAUUUAAUAUCUCAAGGUCAUUGCUUAUUAAAACAAUUACAAGAUCAAUUUUCAAUUGCGAAUAUAACAAAAAUAACAGAAAAUAAUACAAUUCAAUUUGAAUUAUUUAAAAUUUAUGAAAAAUUGAAUUCAUUUGAAACACAAUUAGAACCAUUUUAUGAAACAGCAUGUCAACAAAUAGAAAUGACAAAUAAUCAAUUAAAUGUUACCGAUAGAUUGAUUGGUUAUAGGAAUAAUUUAAAUAAUAUCAGUUCUACUAAAUAUACUCAAGUAUAUCAGCCUGAAUUUAGUCAAGAGAAAAGACCUCGUAUCGCUCCACGAUUUAAUAUUCCCAAUUAUGAUCAAAUAACUUAUGAUCCAUUGAACCAAUCAAAUAAAAGCUAUGAGACAAAGCAGAAUGAAGUUCAAUGGCCACCAACGAUUCAGUCAGUCAUUUACAACACAACACCAUUUCAAAGUAGAAUACUGAAAAAAAUAUUAACUCCAGAAAAUCUAUUUGCUUUACUGUUUCAAAUACAGAUAGAAUUUAAUCAAUAACUUUUAGAUAACUAUUUCUAAAUCGGAAAAAGCAGGAAUAUGUAUCAAGUAUCCUGGUGAGUCAGAAACUCAUUCGGCAUUCACAAAACCAAGUCAUUGUGUAUCAGAAGUUUUAACAAAUCAUGGUCAACUACGUGUAUGUAAACCAGGCUAUCAAAUUAAUCCACAUUCAGAAAUUAAAUUAGACGGAUAUGGUCCUAUCAAACAGUAUGAAUUGAAUAAAAUGGAACAAUCCGAGUAUAUACAAACAUAUACUUGGCCAGAUGGCAAAAAGAUACACACAAGUCCAUGGAACAGAUUACGAGAAGCUAAUCAAUUGUAUGGUGUUAAAUAAGUUGGAUAAUUGGGUCGCAUUCAUAAAAAUAAAUAAUGUAACAUUUCCGAUUAGUUUAUUUAGUUAAAUAAAUCAUUCAGUAAAUGAAUCUGUU